AUGGAUGAUAUCCAGUCAGCUACCCCACAUGUUGACUCUACUCCUGCGAAGAUUCAGAAGCUCCAGCAAGCAUUUUCUGAGCUUGAGAUCCACAGGGGCAUAACUCUCAACCUAAAAUGGAAAGAGCUUGAGGAACAUUUCCAUUGGUUCGAGAGGUCUUUGAAGGAGAGAUUUGGUGAAUUGGAAGAUCAGAAAAGGGCGUUUGAGAGGAAGGCUUCAGAGGCCCGGGAUAUGCUGGAGAAGAAGGAAGCCAUGGUUUUGGCGAAGGAAAAAGCAUCACUGGAGCGAUUGCAGGAAAGGAGAGAUGCCGCCUUUUCUGCUUUGGGAGCCGCAGUUGAGAACUGUAAGGAUCCUUCCUCACUGCCCACAGCUGAUGGUUCAAGUGAGAUGAAUCUCGCUGCUUUAUUCGAUGAGGAGACCCAUUCAGAGGUGGGCAAAGUCAACCCAGUUAGUUCCCCACUGAUGAAAUUAUGUCAAGAGAUGAAUGCUGAAGGACUCCUUGGAUACAUCUCAGAGAAUCGUAAGAAUCUUGCGACUAUCCGGGAAGAAAUCCCUGCUGCGCUGAGGAGCUCUUCCAGCCCUUUUACGUUGGUUCUGGGCUCGUUGAAAGGUUUCUACAGGCUGGACAUGAGGGCACCGGAGGGUAAGAAGGAUGCGAACCUGCUAGGUAUUCGAAGAACGUGCCUCAUGUUGAUGGAAUCUCUCAGCCAGCUUCUGGGAGAAUCGAACCCCACUCCAGAAAACCUGACAAUCACUUCGGAUAUCAAAGAACAAGCAAGAACAAUCGCUGGGGAGUGGAGGCCUAGACUGAAUGAACUUGACGUAGAUGCCAGAAGUGGAAAUUCCUUGGAAGUUCACGCUUUUCUGCAACUUUUGGCCACUUUUCGUAUUGCUCGUGAGUUUGACCAGGAUGAUAUAUGCAACCUCAUCACAUCUGUCUCUCGCCGUCGUCAGAUAGCUGAGCUGUGUCAUUCGCUCGGGCUUACCCACAGAAUGCCAGGUUCACCUUUCCUUAACUUUAUGCGUCGCUGUCUCCGUGUGUUCUUCACGUUCUUAAAUUUAUUGAUGAUUUUGGAAGCAGAAAUUAGAAAAUCAGCGCAUAUUUUAUCUGGGUUUGCUAAGUUUUCUCGCCUAAUAAAGGAAUAAUGGAGAUGGACAAGGGAUCCUGUCCACUACUUGAUCGGGGAAGCACGAGAGUGAGUCGCCAUGCCCAGCAUUCCACGCUGUUCUUUCCAGGGUCGUCUAAACUUUUGCUUGACUUUUCUAUACACACACAGAAAGUCAACCUUUGAAAUCGUUGACCUUGGCCCAUCAAAAUUUGCCUUCCAAAAAAAAAAAAAAAGGUCUUUCUGUGGAGACUCGCUUGUCAUAACGUGUUUCAUAAUCCUCAUUUGGACCAUCCAUGCUCGUGAGUCUGACAUCUACCUGCUCAUGCAGAGUACCUAGCUUUUUCUUCUUCUAGUUAUUAUUCAUAUUAGUGAUCAGUGGGAUGCUAUAAUCACGCUCAUCUGGCUGAUUUGGGUUGUCCAGGUGUGAUUGGAACGCUGUUGAGCGGCGGAAGGCACAUCGAGGCCAUAAAUCUGGCCUUUGCCUUCGACCUCACGGAGCAAUUUCCUCCUGUUCCGCUGCUCAAAGCCUUCUUGAAAGAGGCGAGGGCGUCACCGGCCAAAUCUGGAAACCCAUCUUCUGGGCCCCACGUAUGACCUCCUCCCCUUUCUCUGUUGUCAGUCUGUUCCUCGCUUCAUGAACGAUUCUGGCUUCCCCUUCAGAAUGAGCCUGACGAGAGGGAGCUCUCUGCCCUCAAGGCUGCCAUCAAGUGCAUCGAAGAGCACAAGCUCCAGGGUCAGCUCCCCGUUGACCCCCUCCAGAGGCGGCUCCUACAGUUUGGGAAAGACAAGGCCGACGUGAAGAGGGCGGCUGAAGCGGCCAGACCACUGCCGAAGAGGCCCCGGGCUAAUGCCACCCAUCAUCCUCCCCAUGCGGUCAACGCUCUUGAGAAGAGCUUCUUCUACAGAGGAGCUGAGAGGUACCCAUACGCCCAUGAAAGGCAGCAUUUUCAGCUGCAGGAAGCCCAUGGCUCGCCUCUGCUGGGAGCUGCUGCCUAUGGCCUCUCUCCCAGCCGCAGCAGCUACCACAGCGGCUACUAUGGCAAUGGUUGCCAUCCCUUCAAUGCCCAGUACAUACACUGA